UGUGCUUGUUAUUUGUCAAUUUAUUUAAAAUUUUGAUAAGAGAAUAUACUUAAUAAUUUAAUAAGUGAAUAAUGAUUGCUAGAUAUAUGACAUGAUAUAAAUAAGAGAGAAAGAAUGAAAAUGAGAAGAUUAAGGAAAAGAGGAGAAAGGGAUUUGUGUUAUGUAAAAGAUGUAAAAUAUCCUACAGCAGGCAUAAUUGUUAUUGGAAAUGAAAUCUUGAAAGCUCAAGUAAAAGAUACAAAUUCCUAUUAUGUGUGUAAUUUAUUAUAUAAAUGUGGUAUUAAAGUGAAAAAGAUUUCUGUAAUCAGUGACGAUAUUGAAGAAAUUUCAGAAGAAAUUAAAAAUGCUUCUAAUGAAUAUACUUAUGUUAUCACAUCUGGUGGAAUUGGGCCAACACAUGAUGAUGUUACAUUUGAAGGUCUUGCCAAAGCAUUUAAUGAUAAACUGCAUUAUCAUCCAAAACUGAUAGAAAUAAUAAAAUAUCAUUUUGGGAUAAAUGAUGUUUCAUCCCCUGCUUUUAAAAUGGCUCAGAUUCCACAGAAAGCAUCUUUAAAGUUUGGUUUAAAUACAAAUAUAAACAAACCAAAUAUUUAUCCAUAUAUUGUAAUGGAAAAUGUAUAUGUUUUUCCUGGCUCACCUGUAUUUUUUGAGGUAUCUUUCCAAAGAUUAUACGAGGAAUUACUUUCUAUGAACAGAAAAUUUAUAAAGGAUGAAGUAUUUAUUGAUGCCAAAGAAGAAUCUUUUGCAAAUGCUUUAUCAACUGUAGUAAAAGAAUUUCCCAAUGUUUCUUUUGGAUCUUAUCCAGUGAGUAAUUGCAGGUAUUUUAAAGCGUUUGUAACUAUAGAAAGCAACAACGAAAGUGAUACUAAAAGAGCAAAACAAAGAUUUUAUGAAUUGAAUCCUGCAAAUAUCUUCAUAAAUUUUGAUCGGACUCCACAUAUAAACUGUGUUGCCAAGUAUAAUAAUUUUCUUCAAACUUGCUCACAUCGGUCGAUUUUUGAGCAAUCUCUUGAAAAACUUAGACAAUUUUAUCAGAAUCCGGAAUAUAUUUCAAUAUGUAUCGAUGGUAGUAUAGGAUCAAGCAUUGUUAUUCAUCUCGCUCAUAUAUGUAAAACUCAAUUGCAUUUUGAUACCAAAUUGCAAGUAGUUUGCUUCAAGAAAAAAGAGAUGCCGGUUGAUAUAGAAGAAUUUAUCAAGGAAAUGAUUGACAAAUAUAAUUUAAUAGUAUACACCGUGGAAAAUACAACUGAUAGUAAGAUAAAUGCAAGCAUUUCGCAUUUACGGACAUUAUUAGUUGGAACGAUCGAAAAAACUGGCAAAGAUAAAGUUAAUCUCAAUUAUGAAAGUUUAAAGUAUAAUCAUAUAAAUUUAGAAAUUUAUAAUCCUUUGAAUAACUGGACGAAGAAAGACGUAUGGACUCUUGCUUCAUCAUUGUAUUUACCAUAUAAAUUGCCAAUUUGAAGAAAAAUGGAUGAAUGUAAUAGGCGCAUAUAAAAACAAUUUUGUAUUGUUUGCGAUUUUCAAUAUAUCUGUUCAACCAUUCAAAUGGUGAAACUGGAGUGUACAUGGAAGAAAGAGAUACUGGAAGGAAUAGGAGGACUAAGGGCGAGACCGAGGUAUCGGUCGAGAGUAGAGCCAAAUUACAAGCUCAUAUUACACAUUUUUCAGCUGAAGAAAGCCGGCUGGCUGGAAAGAGAACGUCCUUGUCAUUUUCUUUUAUUCCUUCACUCGUUUCAGUCUUUUGAAAUUUUAUUCUGAGUUAAAGUAUUUCCACUUUUAUCCACUGGAACUUUAAAAUGAGAGCGAAUAAUAAUAUCGACGUUUUUUUCA